CCUCUUGCGUACUCUCUCUCUCUCUCUCUCUCUCUCUCUCUCUCUCUCUCUCUCUGCUGGAACGCAAGGACCUCCGCCUCUGUCCAGGGAUAAUAUCUGGCGUUCUCGUCUGAGCCGCUGCAGAACGGACCGUAAAGCUGCUUGCUGCCUCUUCCUGCUUGUCAGACCUAUAGACCCCGAUCAAGCUCUGCUUCUGAGACUUCUUGCUUUGGCCUGUGGAGAAAGAGCCAUUUGCUGGGACAACAUCUGUUUCCCUGCUUGAGUGGACAAAGGGAAACCAGGUCCAAUUGGACCCCAACACGCACGUGUAUAUCUCUUCUGGGAAAACAUAGCAGAAGAUACAUCAUUUAAAAGCAUACAUUGUCGAUACAUCUAAAGGACUUCAUAGUCACAUAUUCAAAUUCAGUAGCAUCCAGACCCUGGAGGCUCUACCCAGCCUGUCCUCGAACGGGCAGGACUUCUCUCCCUUCCUCUCACUGGAGUUCAGUUAAUCUACUAAAGUAAAGGUGCUCAUUACUUACUUUGAUGGUGGUCAGACCAGGUGCUACCAAAUGCUGUCAUACCCAGAGAAUUGCGUGCACACAGGCUUUCAUCGCUGACGACUGGCAGACGAUCUGAGGACAUCAAAUUUGAGGCCUUUUUGCCUUUCUCUGAGAGGGAGUAUUUCCUCAUCUGUGUUGUCAAGACGUACGGUUGUCAGGGGCCAUGAGUAGUUGCUGGGGUGACAGUCUCCAAAACCCUUUGACGUGGAACACCUAAAAUGGGGACAGGACUUGCUGCCAUGCUGCAAGCUCAGCUCUAAUCACGUGAAGACGCCCCACCGUUCACCUUUCUCUCUACUUAGAUUUGGCCUGCUUGCCCCUGACCUGCAACCUUCCUGAUUUGAAAACCGCUCACUGCCUCCUUCCCUUCAAGUCCUUUCUUUUCCUCCUUUCUACUGAGGCAACCUCAAACACCCCUAAUCCAAACCAUGGCCAGCACACUCCAUUUGUCCUCCCUGUCUUCCUCCCUGUUUCUCUCCCUCCUGCUCCCUGCCCUGUUGCUCCUCCACCUGCCUGGCAUGGUGAAAGGGGACUGCUGGCUGAUAGAGGGGGAUAAAGGAUACGUUUGGCUGGCUAUCUGCAGUCAGAACCAGCCUCCAUAUGAGACCAUCCCCCAGCACAUCAACAGCACGGUUCAUGACCUGAGGCUGAACGAGAACAAACUUAAGGCUGUGCUCUUUAACACCAUGUUCCGCUUCACAAACCUUACUGACCUCAAUCUUACCAAGAACGAGAUCAGUUACAUCGAGGACGGGGCCUUUGCUGGACAGGCCAACCUACAGGUUCUCCAGCUCGGCUACAACAAGCUGACCAACCUGACUGAGGGCAUGUUGAGAGGUCUUGGUCGAAUGCAGUGCCUCUUCUUGCAACACAACCUUAUUGAGGUCAUUGCCACCAAUGCCUUCUGGGAGUGCCCAAGCCUCAGCAGCCUGGACUUAUCUUCUAAUAAGUUGGCCCGUCUUGACCCAUCUACCUUCACUAUCCUUAACAGGCUGAUGGUGUGUGAACUAGCAGGAAACCCAUUCCACUGUGGCUGUGAUCUCUACAACUUUCUCACCUGGUUGGAGGCUUUUAACAAUGUCACCCACACCUACGACCGCCUCCAGUGUGAAACCCCUCUUGAAAUGACUGGUUAUCCACUUCUGAGUCCAGUGCCUGGACACGGAAAAAAUGCCCGUUACACUCUUUUAUCCAUGUGUCGUAAUGGCGAGUUAAUUCCAGGGAUGACCUCCCAGACACCAGAUCAAGAUGGCUCAGGGAUGGGUUUGGACAACCCAGACCAACGUCUGUAUCACCAGCCAACCAUAUCAUCCACUUCUGAACCGACCUACAGCCAUCAGAUUUCUAUGAGGCUUCAAACUGUCUCCUUCUACACUGCCUCUCUAAUGGUGCAGAUCCCACGACCAUACAGUAAGAUGUAUAUCCUCUCCCAGUACAACCAGACUUUUGUUGCAGACAUCAUGCCCCUUAAAAACAAGAAGGAGAUAAUCACCUUGGACAAGCUGAAGCCACACACAAAUUACACUUUUUGUGUGGCUUCUGCAAGCAAAUCUCAGCGCUACAACCACACCUGUGUGUCCUUUACCACACGAGCAAUGGGGCCAGAGGACCCGCGAACCAAUGCAUCCACAACUACCCACUACAUCAUGACCAUUUUGGGAUGUCUGUUUGGCAUGGUCAUUGUGCUUGGAUUUGUUUAUUACUGUCUCAGACGGCGACGCAUCCAGGAAGAGAAGCAGAAAGCUAUAAGUGUGAAGAAAACUAUUUUGGAGAUGAGGUAUGGCCCAGAGGCAGCUGCAGCAGUGGCCAACGACCCAGGUGCCAUGCAACGCCUCCAGGAGCAGGCUCACCACCAGCACCACCAUUCAGGAGGAGCAGGAGGCAAGCUCCCUCCUUCUGCCUCCUCUAGCACAGGCAUGCUCCACGGCUCAGCCAACACUAGUUCUUCCCGCCUCUCCACCUUGCCACAGGUGGAAAAAAUGGCCUCUGCCUUCUCUGAGGCAAUGGGUGGCAAGGGCAACUACAUGGAUGUGAGGACAGCAGGAGUGGCAGUGGAAGGCAGAGAGGGAGGAGUGGCAGCUGGAGGAGCAGGGAUAGGAGGGGAAGUAGUUUUGGAUAUGCGAGGUGGGGCUGAGAAUGGGACAGCUGGGGAGGAUUCGGAUGACGACGGCCGUGGCUCAGCAUCAGAGAUCUCCACCAUUGCCAAGGAGGUAGACAAGGUGAACCAGAUCAUCAACAACUGCAUUGAUGCCCUGAAGCUGGAUGCCUCUGCUAAUGUUGUGACCACGGUUGACAAUGGCAACUCUGUGUCCUCCUCCCAGCCUCCAACUUGCAUCGCGUCCCUCCCCCGAAACCUCCUGCCCCUCUCUCCAGGCCACCCUGGAGAUCAAAUCAUGGCCUCCUCCCCAAAGGUGCAUCCAAAGUCUCACCCCCAACUUCAUCCUCAGCCUCAUCCUCAGCCUCAUCCUCAGCCACAUCCUCAGCCACAUCCUCAACAGCAUCCUCAGCCGCAUCCUCAGCUACAUCAGCAGUCCCAUCCACCUUCAAUGGCACCUGUGCCCCUAGUCAUGCCCCUGUCUGAGCGGCCAGGCAUCAGCGGUGGUGGGUUCCUCUCCCCUCCUUACCGUGACCCACCCCCAGCCAAUGCAGUGCGCCCCCUUCAGAGGCAGUUGAGCGCGGACACUGCUGUGGUGAAGAACCGUUGUGGUGCCCCUGGUGUGGGAUCCGUCAAAAGCACCAGGGUCUUUAGUGUGGAUAUCCCCGAGCAGCGCAGCGAUCCUCCCAAGUAUCCAACAGAAAAAGGCAGCCCUGUUGGUUGUAGUGGAGGGGGUGGAGGUGGAGGAGGUGGUGGAGUAGGGGGCUGCAAUGGGAAUGGGAUGGGAAACAUAAAUGGUGGUGGGGUGAGUUUGAAUGGGGGUGGUAUGGGGUGUAAUAACGGAGGUGGAGGUGGAGGUGGGGUGGUUGGCCCUGGACAGCAGCAGCACCAUUUGGAGGUUCAGCCUGACUACCACAGCUCCGAGCACCGCCACUCCUUUCCUGCACUCUACUAUGAGGGUGUCAACGACUCACCCUCACCGGCCCAAAAGGCUUCAUUCCUCAAGCCACUGGGCCGCACCAAGAGGGAUGCCACAGCCACUUACUCUCAGCUCUCACCUUCUCGUCACCACAACUACAACUCUGGCUACUCCUCCAGUCCAGAGUAUUCGUCUGAGAGCACACUGCGGAUCUGGGAGCGAUUCCGGCCUUACAAGAAAAGCCCCAGAGAGGAAGCUUCUUAUAUAGCGGCAGGCCAUGCCCUGCGCAAGAAGGUGCAGUUUGCCAAGGACGAGGACCUUCAUGAUAUUUUGGACUACUGGAAGGGUGUUUCUGCCCAGCAGAAGCUGUGAGCCAAGAAGCAAAGAUGAAUUCUGUAAGGAAGAUUGUGAGGUUGGAUGCCAACAGCAGACUAAUAAAGGGGAUAGAUGUUAAUGUAGCAAGACAGAUGAUGUUUCCUCUGAGUUGUCCAGUGACAUGGGUCAUUCCGUUCCUGGAUCUAGAGUUAAAGGGGUAUUCUCUAAAUGUGAUUAUUUUACAAUUGAUUCUAUGACAGUUCAUUGGCAUUUUAAGACGUUGUUUCUGAGAUUGACGUUUUUCACCGCAGUUCUAAGUGAUAAUUAAUAAUAAUCAAGUUGUUCACCAGAUUACCUCACACUGGGCACUUUGGUCCUCACAGGCUUCCAUAGACCUGCUGAAUACACACUAAUGAGCAAAGCAAAGGUGGUCACAAGCAAGUGUCUUCUACCUCAUUACUGGUACACUGUAGCUCAGUUAUCUUACCAGAAGCAGCCCCAUUCAUGACUUAAGCCCAGUCCCUCUUUUCUCUAAUCCCAUCAAACCACCAUUCACAAAACAAUCAUUCCACAGCACCACCAACACCUGCUUUCCAAUGGAAGCAUCAUUUAGAGAGAUAAUGAGGGAGCAGGAUGAGGAAUUAGGUGCGUUUGUUUUAGAAUAGUCUGGAUCUCCCUCUUUGGGGGAGGACAUUAAGUGAUACUUAUCUGUCUAAUUGUUCUUCCUGGCAAUUAGCCAGUGUAAGAAUAGGUCAGGGAGGCUGUGUGUUGAACAUGCUUAUCGAUUUGAGACACCUAACUACAUAUGUUCAGUGGUGUGUGGGCAUGUAUAUACAGUUUGUGCAUGCUGGUGUGAGUGAUUAUGUGUGGGUGGGGGAGUAGGGUUGGGGUUGGGACUGAGCCUAUUAUUCUCAGUCUCAUCCACGGCAGCAAAGUGGAUGGCUUAGUGGAGAUGCUUUGCAUAUAGAUAACAACCCAGUUGGAGAGUCGUGUGUGUGUGUGUGUACAUUAAUGUGCAUCUUUGGCCCAGCCUGUCUAUCUAGAUACAUAGCGUGUAAAAGUAAACCCUCUCAAGACCUGCAGGCAUUUCUGUCUUCUACUCUGUUUCUUAUUUAGAAGUAUAGCAUAUUUCUUUUGAUAAAGAAAGCUAUGAGGUAGGAAAUUUACAUUUCAAUAGUGCAGAAUUUACUUUAGGGUGGGUUAUGCAUGUUGGCAAGACAGGUGUUAGCUCCUAUAUUAAAGAACCCCAUAAUCACAUUUAGGAAUAGAGGCAGGUGAGAGGUUUGCUGCAUCUCAUUUCGAACAUGCCAGUGUUAAGGAGACGAUAUAGGAUUCAUGUAUCAUCUCAAGGCAAGUCUUUAAAGAAACUGAAAAUAUGUCAAAUGCUCCCUGCACUACACAGUGAGAUAAAAUGGAUGGUAAGCGGAGUGAAGGCCCUAGGGAUAUAUUCUCAGCCUAUAUCCUCAGACUGGAUUACUUUCCACGACCCUGCUUUGCUCUGGGCAGGAGUUUGCUAUGGACCAAAGUGCCUUUGGGAGGUAUGAUAUCAAAAGUUUCCAUUUAUUUCUUUAUUAUCUUUGCUUUUCAUCUCCAAUACGUCUAAUAGAAAAUGAUGUCGUACAAAGGAGAAAAAAAGUAACUGCCCUGGUUUAAUUGCUGGUUUAAUUUUGUUUAUUAUUUAGGAUUUGAGGUUGAAUUUGGGUGUUGAAAUCCGUUUGAAAUAGGAGCAAGGCUUGGUAUUAUUACAGAACAAACAAGAACCUUUAAUAUGAGACAAAAUCAGAGUUUCUGCCUCUUGUAAGAAUGCUCUGUGCAUGAAUACAACUGAGAAAAAACAUCCAAGUGUAGAAAUCUAUAUUCUUUAGUUAUUCAUAAACACAACUUCUCAUCCAUAAAUGAUCUUCAUCCUCUCCCACUGCAUCAACAUUGACCCUGUCAAAAUAUUAAUUUCAGUAUGCUGUCUUCAUUUCUUUUUCUUCCCACUCUUCCUAUCCUCACCACUAUCAUCCUGACCUCUCGCUCUGCUGUGAUACAUCUCAAUUGAAAAAGUAUAAAUUCUGUUUUAAAAUGUCUAAUUAAUUCAUUCCCAUCAGUGUUUUUUUUUCCCCCUGCCCGUCACUUCUGUCCAACUUAAUGGGGUAAAUUAAUGAGUAAUUUGCGGGGGUUGAUGUUGUACCAUCAUCUGAGGUCAGGAGGCCUUGCUGAUAUUAUUAACUCUGCCAGACUGGGAGCCUGAUUGAAAUUAAUGAUGGUUGCUGUUGUCUUUCUAUCUUUCUUUCUGUCCCCACCUCCAUCGUCCGAUGCUUAACCAUAUUCCACCUCUCUCUGUUGCCCCUAGCUCUUGCAGAAAGACAGUCAAACAAACAGUCAGAAAAACUAAGGUCAGAUUUAUGCUUAAUCAUGACUGUGCAGGUUAUGAGCAGGCCAAGGUGAGCUAGUCUGGGAUCUAACCUCCUGGGUGUUAUUUUUUCUUUUGACUCUGAGCGGUCAGAGAGGACUAGUCUCAGCCCUGGCAAUCUUAUUUAGUUUUCCACUGGGUUAACUCUGAUAUUAUCAUUUUGACAGGGAUCAAAUUCACCCACUGUUCAAGGUGUGAGUUUGAUGGGGAAAGUGAGAGUGGAGGGUGGCAUUUCCUCUUUGACCUAUAACGAUCUAUGUCUACAAAAUGGGCUCUAUUCAAAAGGUCAGCUAGUAGGAGAUAAAUUGCUUGUGAAGUAACAGAAGAAUAUUAUGCUCAUGUGCAUGAUUGGGUAAGUCCAGUCUAUUUCUAAGUAGUUCCAGAGCAAAACUGACAGCAACUUCUGUCACAGAAAUAUUUGAUUGUUAUAUUUCAAAAUUCACUUCACCUCCACUGUACUAGUGAUGAAAUGUGUAUUGGUAUUGGUCACAUAAAUCUACAGCUAUAUCCCCCACCCAAAAAAUAGCUGAACUGCUAGAUACCUCAAGGGGUAUACAAGAAAAUAUGUUUUGUUAUUUGGGUGAACCAACCAUUUUAAUUAUGCUGUAAUAAUCUGCCCACUGUUUUUGCGUUUUAUAUUCCAUUGUGUUUCAUGUUGAGUAAAGACUUUCCCUCCGACCUCUCUAUGUCAUCUGUGGCAGCCAAUCCAAUAGACCCACUAGCGUUCACAAUGGGAUGUCAAAUGUGCGUCAUUACUCUGCUAUCAGAUCAAUAGAACUUAAUUUGGGCGAGUGGGACCAAAUAAAAAACACAGAGAAAAUUCCCUUGGGCUCUCAGUUUGGAUAGCUUCCAUUUUUUAUAAAGGGGCCUGUUUUCUUUUUUGGCCUAUUGUUCAAAUUCUACUGGCAGCUCCCCUAUGUGUUAGGUCCAAGGAAUCACCAAUCAAUUAGUUUUAGAUUAGUACCACGGGCUAUGCAGGGGUGGAAGCUUUUUAAAAAUAAUGGCUUCAUUUGGGAGAAUGAGGGUAAUCGAGCUGAGGUUACCUGCAUAUACCCUCAAGGCCUUCCCCUAGAUGUCAGAAAUAACAUUAGCUUAGCUAUUCAUAAGCACAGUGUGUCCAAUUGUCAUAAUUUUCAGUGAAGAUCAUUACUCAUUACUCAGUACUGUUUAGUGUUCUUGUUUGAACCCUCUCACUUUUAUUUAAAUCUAAACACUCCAGGCAGAGUUUAUUCUGCUUUGUUUGUGUAAAAGCACAUAUUACUGCUACAAUACAUUUCAGUUUUAAUAUACAUUCCAUCCACAGUGACCGAGCCUUGCUCCUCUUCUUCAGCUAGUGCACUUCUUGUCUUUCCUUAAGUUAUUUUCACUUGACAGCAAUGCUUUUGAUCUCCCUCCCUCACAAUGAGGGGUGUCUGACUCGAGUCCUCAGGGGCCAGAAUCCACAAGUUGAGACUGAUGGAUGUACAGAUACUGUACCUUAGGGAUUGCUUGUGUGUCUUCUCUCCAGUCUGGCCAAUUAACGAAAAUGAUGAAUCAGUGUGAAGGAAUCACUGGGAGUGUCAGGCUUCCAGAAGAAAAAAUAACAGUGAACAACUGAGAUGGCGUGACAUGUGGCAGUCUCUAAGGAGUCAAACCCUCUCUGUCCAGAGCUGUGAAUCCCAGAAGUAGAUUGGAAUUGGUAAUCAGACAUGGUGUCUGCUCUGACCAAAAUUAUAAAACCAUUCACUGUUUUCCUAACUUGGGGUCACAAAGAGUCUGUUGUGAUGUUCGCACUGCAAGCAUUACCACUCAAUUUUGAUGUAUUGCUCAGGUCUGCAUGUUGUCAAUCUUGAGUGAUGUAAAAGUCAUGAAUUCUGAUAUGUCUGUUCACACUGGGGUCACACUGCAAAAAAUCAGACCUGUAUUUCAUUUGGACCAAAUUAGAGAGUGGCCCAGAUCCAAAUUGGAAAAGAUCAGAUUCCAUGUGAUUUGUGCUGUUCACACUGUCAUGAAGGAAACAGAUGUGAGUUAAAUAAGAGCAACAACAUCAGAUUUUGGCCAAUAAAUUUCAGUUAACAUCAAGACUAUGGUCUUGGAGGUUAACAGGUACUUUUGGGCGGAACACUUCUGGUGAAAAAGCAACGCACUUUUGAAACUUCUAUCUUUCUCGUUCUCAUACGCCUCCAACUAACUAAUGGAGGUUUUAAACAGUUCUAAACAAUAUUGCUGGCUGCCUUGGGGACUCAUUGCUACACAAGUUUAGUUUCUCAUUUCAAUUUAUACGUUUUUGAAGUUCAGGGUUAUUGAAAAACACAAAUCAAUAUUCAUGGAAAAUCGUGGAACAACUGCCUUGAUUUCCUCCCUUUGGAAUUGUAGUUGCUCUCAAUGCGAACCUCUGCCAUUCCCAGGCAACUAUUGCAAGUCUACAGUUUCUCUGCCAGAGAGGUCUCCUUGCUCCUGUUUAAUUAAACUAAAUCCAUACAAUAAGGUCUGCAGUUGAAACAUGGACAUGUUUUAAUGCUGUAAGCAUUAAAACAUUGAACAGAUAGAGGCUGGUUUCUCACUUGCAGGAGUAAACCCAGAAGCAUUCCUCUUCCUAUCCCCUUUUGCCCUUCACCAUUAACAAGUUAAUGGAACACAAGAACCAGUGCUGAGAAUAUAACUUGUUGUCACUUAUCUCAGAGUUUAAUAACAGUUAGGAAAAUGGGAGUCUUGGGACAAUAGUUAUGUGAUAAAGGGGAAUUCAACAAAAUGCCCUUAGAAUUUAAUCUCCACUUUUGCCCUGGUACAUUUAUCAACCCUUACAAAAUUGUGCAUUCUGCUGAAGAGAAUAAUAUAUUUAUGUUGUAAACAUGUAAAAUAUAAUACCUUUUUACAUCAGAUACAUUUCAGAAGCUGCAGUUUGGUGCAAUUUGAAGAUAAGUAUUUUUGUGCUGUAGUGUGACAGGGUGGGACAGUCCUGCUUUCGACUGGAGGGCUGGCCAGGGCUAGUCAGGGCUUUAUUCACAUUUCCUUCCAUCAAACAUCUUUUUUGAGAAAGGUUAUCAGCAAUUAAUUUAAUUCAUAUAGUUUGUUUAUCCUAUGCCUUAAUAACACAUGAAUAAGGCAAGUGUUGAAAAUGUCAACCCAAAUGGUACAGGAGUGAUAAAACAGUAUUUGCAAAUUGUGCUGCUUGACAGGCUCACUUCAGAAUACAACCCUCCUUCAAGAAGCACAGAUUUUGUCCGGCCAAGUUUCAGUCAACUGAAGCUCAAUGAACAAGGCAAGAAAUUACAGGGAAGGCGGUUAAAUACAAUGAAACUGAGAACUCGUAUGAGGAGAUGAAAAAUAUCAACAGAAACUGCAGUUCCAUUACUAGUUAUCUGGCCUGUAAUUUUGUUAGCAUUAAUGUUGUGGUCGUGAAUUGAUGAAUAGUCAUUGCCUACCUCUGUCAAGGAGUGUAUAUAUAUAUAUUCAGGUUCCUUUUUUAUUUUAUUUUUUUUUACAUUUUGUGUGUGUUUGACUACUAUAUGACCAUCUGAGAUGCACUGCCCCUGAGAGACAUGUUUGUAUCUAACUGAAAGCUACACAGGGAAUUCACCCCUAUGUGCUUUGAGACCAGCUAAGUUGACCUUGGCCCUGGCUAGUUCUACUGGCUCUAAAGAGAAAGCAGGACUGUGAUUUAACUACAAACAAUGCUGUCUGUCUGCUGUUGAGGUUGAGUCGUUAAUUUGUUGAUUCAUAUGUGGGUUGAGCUGAUCUGUUGAUCAUUUGACUCUUCAGCCGAAUGAGAAAGACUGAAUCCAACAUACAACAAAGUGGAGGAGUUUCUACCGGUGGCCAACUGUGACAAACACACACUCUCACACAACCACACACGCACAGACACUUAUGUAGAGAAUCAAUGAAUAUACUGUACGUGUUUGAAUAGAUUAGAGUUACACUAUAUGGACAUGAAAUGUGAGAACACACACAACAUAUACCUUCCCACACAUAACUGAUACAGCAACACGCACACACAGACACACACACCUAUACACACAACCACCUUCCUACACACACAAAACAUACCAUAUUCACACCUGCCCACACAAAAUAUGGACUGAAUAUUUCUAUCCACGUUUACAGACACAAAUGGUCUUAAGUGCCAAAACGGCGUGUUUUUUUUUUUGUGUACAGGCGGAGUGGAACCAAACAUCUGUAGAAAUUAACUUUACAGGCUUAACAGCCUAAAUGUCUUCUUUCUGUUUUUGUAAUGUAUUUACUUCUCUGUAUAAUUCAUGAAUUCCUUUUCUCAACUGUUUGUAUUUCUAGUGAUAUAGUUCUCAUGAUCUGUUCUAAUCUGUUAUCUUUGUGUAUGUUGGAAUGAAAUUGCUUAUUGUGAAUGUCA